AUGGAGGCUAAACAAAAGAUUACGACCACACUAACCCUGUUUGGCGUCCAUCUUGAAGCUCCGCUAAAGGCUCAGCUCCGACAGAGGGAGCCGCGCAUGCGCACUGGCAACACGGUGGCUACAGGACUCACCGUCAGCAGCCAGGGCAAGAGCCAGGGCAAGAGCCAGGGCAAGAGCCAGGGCAAGAGCCAGGGCAAGAGCCAGGGCAAGAGCCAGGGCAAGAGCCAGGGCAAGAGCCAGGGCAAGAGCCAGGGCAAGAGCCAGGGCAAGAGCCAGGGCAAGAGCCAGGGCAAGAGCCAGGGCAAGAGCCAGGAGAAAGGUGCUCCACAUGACUUCUGUUACGACCACUGCGGCCCGAGUCACUGUCUGCACAUUACUGGCUACGCUAGCUGGGGCUACGCUAGCUGGGGCUACGCUAGCUGGGGCUACGCUAGCUGGGGCUACACUAGCUGGGGCUACACUAGCUGGGGCUACGCUAGCUGGGGCUACGCUAGCUGGGGCUACGCUAGCUGGGGCUACGCUAGCUGGGGCUACGCUAGCUGGGGCUACGCUAGCUGGGGCUACGCUAGCUGGGGCUACGCUAGCUGGGGCUACGCUAGCUGGGGCUACGCUAGCUGGGGCUACGCUAGCUGGGGCUACGCUAGCUGGGGCUACACUACCUGGCGCUCCACUACCUGGGGCUACACUACCUGGGGCUACACUACCUGGCGCUCCACUACCUGGGGCUACACUACCUGGGGCUACACUACCUGGCGCUCCACUACCUGGGGCUACACUACCUGA